AUGCAACGUUGUGGUUGUGGUGAAGAGGAUUGCGAUGCCGAUCGUUUAUGGGCUGAUUUUGAGACGUGCGCCACGUCGGUUGCUCGCUUAUAUCGUGAACCUACAUGGAAAGUGGUUCAAGUGGCAGCCGCGGCAACUACUCAAUUAUACAAAAAUGGUAUCGAGAUUCAUCGAAAAGCAUUCGAUAAGGGAUUUGAAGCGGGAAGACGAGCCGCUGUUAAGGAAUUGGUGAACGCGUAUGGAGGAAGCUUGACUUCAACCGAU